AUGUCCAUGCAGCCACUUCAAGAGAAAGAGGAAGCGGACUACAACCCAGAGAUUGGAGCUGCCAAAGAGCCAACUCAUGAUCCGCCUUCUCCAGUUGAACCUCCAUUCAUUUCCGCGUUCCCGCCCAUAUCGACUGCUGCGCGGGCAUAUCUCGAAAGCUUGCACGACCAGUUGGCCACACUCAUCAAAACAGGCGGAUUCUUUGUCCCUUGGGCAGGAAGAAGUCCACCACCGAGCGCUACCUACUCAAGCCCAGACACGAUGACUUUUAUUGAGGCCCUUGGGCUUCAAACGAUGGAUGCUAGAGAUGACUUCAACCUCUUAACGCACGACUUGGGCAGGUUCUCAAGGGAACCUGUGCUCAAAGAACGGCUUUUGCGCCUCUUCUCCCCAAAGAACAAUAAGUUCCUCGUCAACGGCUCUGCAUCUGGCAAAACCCGGCUUUGCUACGAAGGAUUGUGCAACGCUUGGGGCCUUUAUUUCACUAUCGUCGUUGACGGAGGACGAUUGGGUAGUCUCGAUAUUGAAAGCACAGUCGAAAAGUGCUCAAGGGGCUCAUGGAGUGUUUCAGCGUACAAACUCGUAACUCAACAAUUUGGCGCCAUCUUACUGGCGCGCUUACUCUUCCUUCUCUACUUCCUGGACAUCCUUUCUGUGAAUGGUGCGCCACUGAAUGACCAACAUAAAUUGCAGUGGCUCCAGUUCCAACUUCAUCCUUGCUCUGUGUACGCCGAAGACAGUCCCGAAUGCUUCUUCGGUCUGGCGGAACUGCUCAUCGAGCAUGACUCUGCAUAUAUGGCGAAGAACAUUGCCAAUGCGCUGAGGCAGAUAAAAAAAGCUAUUGGAGCCGACUUCGAGAAAGGCUUUUUUAUUGUCAUUGAUGAGGCUCAAGAGGCACUCGAGCAGUCUGCGAUGGGAGAAUCCCUCAACCAGCAUCGCCAGCCUCUGCUCGUUGAUCUUCUGCAAGUUUGGUCGGAUAUGACCGAGGGAGAGUGUACCUUUAUUUGUGCUGGAAUUGGCAUACCGCAAACGACGAUAGUCCCAACUGGCUUUUCUUGGCAGUGGACUUCAGACACCGGAGCGUUUGACGACCCCGAUGAGUAUGAGGCCUAUGUGUCGAAAUUCCUUCCCCCUCUUCUUCGCGAUAGCUCUUCUGGGCAUCUACUGAUGGCGCGAAUGUGGCGCUGGCUUAGAGGAAGGCAUCGGCUAACGGACGGGUUUCUUACCAUCCUUAUUUGUGAGGGUCUAGAUUACCCACAUACCUGCCUCUCGGAUUACCUUAAGACGAUGACUCACCUUCGGCCCUUGGAUGUGGUCCAAAUUGAGGAAACCGAGAAAACCCCCCCUGGAUGGGGUUGGACGAAUCGUCUUGGGCGACUGAAUACAGAAAACGCCUCAACUCGUCGGUGUUUCAUGGCCAUGUUGCUUUUGUCUCAUCGCACCCCAGAUAUCAAAGAAUUCGUUACCGAAGCGUUGUAUCGUACCAUGGCCACUCACGAAUCGUCUCCCUUUGGCGCCGAAAAUGCGGAACUCGUGAAUCGAGGAUAUGGCUACUGGACUGACGACAAACUGAAAGUCGGAGUCCUUAAUGAGCCAUCUCUUCUUGCCAGCGCUGCUCGGACCUGGUUUCCGCUUCCAGAACGGCCUUAUCGGCAAGAACCGAAUCGUUGGCCUGCGACUUUUAUUGGCACGCUGGAUCUCAAUCCCCCAAGUACACCUGACGGAGUAGCGCAUUGUCUUGUGUUCUAUUUCUCGCAGGUGUUCGGAACAUCAAGGCUGCUCACAGACAUCUUCAAAUUCCCUCAUCAAAUACCUGUGUGGGCUCGUCAAACAGCGCGGCUUGUCCGCUGGUACUGUAACAAAGAAGGCCAGCCUGAGUAUUCUACAGUUGAUCCAGAAGAGGAUGCAUCACGUCUACCACUGGCAACAAGAUGCUCAACUCUAGACGACACAAAACAAUGGUUAGAACAUCGUCAUGGCACCCCGUUCUGUCUCUCCUCCCUUCCCAACUUCGACAUCCUCUUCUCGCUCCAGCUCGCAGAUGAAUCAUUCCUAUGGGUCAGCAUUCGUGCAUGCGCUAUCGAUGAGCCUAUGUCUGAUGCAGACUUGAGUUCCAUCGUGGCCAAAACGGAUAUCGAUCAACUUUUUUCCACCCAGGUGCGUUUCUUCGCACUGACAUUCUGA